GAUUUCUAGUGAUUCGCAUUCGACUGAGAAGUUUUUUUCAUUUGUUAAAUUUCCAAAUAAAUAUUGAAUAAUAAAACAUUUAUAUUUUAUAAGCUUCUAUGAGCAUCAGCUGUCAGCCGUAAAUUUAGUCAAUUCGCGACUGUCAAAAUGGUUACUAAAAUUUUAUGGUGAUCGUCUAGUUAUUUUAUAAAUCUGAUUACCUUAGAAAAGAAAACCUAUUAGUUAAACGUUAUGCCGCAUAAAAAUUAAUUAUGUUGUAAGCCAUAUAAAUAAUACAGUACAAGAGUAGUGAAAGUGUAUGUGAAUUUCAUCAAAGACUGUGAUUUGGCAACUGAAGGAAUACUUCCCGAAGCGCACAAUCGCUUUGUAGCUUCAGUGCGAUGACCAACAAAAACAGUGAGGAGCAAAAUACCACACUAGAGCUGUCGAGCAGCAGCAGCAAUGACAGUAAAACAAGUCUUAAUUCGAAGGAGCUGCGCCAUAAUGAUGAUAGUUCAUUGUUUGUUAAGAAAGUCGGCAGUGCGCUUUUCUAUGGAAUGUCAUCCUUCAUGAUAACCGUUGUAAAUAAAACAGUGUUAACAUCAUACCACUUCCCAUCGUUUCUGUUCCUCAGUUUGGGCCAGUUAAUGGCUAGUAUUCUUGUUCUAGGACUUGGACGGAAGUUGAAGCUCGUGUCGUAUCCUCCACUAAAACGAAAUACCUUUAUGAAAAUUUUUCCAUUGCCAUUAAUAUACCUUGGAAAUAUGAUGUUUGGUCUAGGUGGCACAAAGGAACUAAGCUUACCGAUGUUCGCCGCACUGCGUCGUUUUUCAAUAUUAAUGACGAUGUUACUGGAAUUAAAAAUAUUAGGAGUACGACCUUCUUUUGCUGUACAAGUUAGUGUAUACGCCAUGAUAGCUGGUGCACUUCUGGCCGCUUCGGAUGAUCUGUCAUUCAAUAUGAGAGGAUAUACCUUCGUAAUGAUAACCAAUGCGCUUACAGCAUCGAAUGGAGUGUAUGUGAAAAAGAAGCUGGACACUUCGGAAAUUGGCAAAUAUGGAUUAAUGUUUUACAACUCACUAUUUAUGAUUAUACCUGCACUGCUUGUUACUUAUGCCACUGGGGACCUAGAAAAAUCGGUCGCUUUCAAUCAAUGGCAAAACCCCUACUUUGUCAUACAGUUCCUAAUGAGUUGCUUCAUGGGCUUCAUUUUAUCAUACAGUACAAUACUUUGUACGCAAUAUAACUCGGCGCUAACCACAACGAUUGUUGGCUGCUUAAAGAACAUCUGCGUAACCUAUCUGGGCAUGUUCAUUGGCGGCGACUACAUAUUCUCAUGGCUAAACUGUAUAGGAAUUAAUAUCAGUGUAUUUGCUAGUUUACUGUACACAUACAUUACAUUCAGGCGGAAGCAAGCACCUGAUAAGGAACUACUCAUACCAACAACAAGAGGAAUAGCAGUGUAGUAUACUAAGAAAAUUUACUUGUAGAUAAGUAUUACUUGUAUAAAUUGUAUGGCCGAGACAUUUCACCCAAGAUGAAGAAUAUUCAUAUGUGUGUUAAUGGUUAAGUUCGGAAGCUAAUUUAAAGCACAGGAAAACGACACUUAAUGCGUAAACUUAGUCGGCGAUAAAAAUUUAGAUACAUAUGUAUAAUAUAAAAAAAGUUUGUACGAGGUACAUAAUAGGACGAGGCAUUAAAAAUAUGCAUGUAUUGAUAUUUAAUAAUUUAUAAGUACGCGUAGCCAUGUACGUAAUUAUAUAUAUUUUUAGUUCUUAAAAAAUUGCCAAAGCCAUAGUUAUACUUUCAUUUGUGUAGCAUUGAAUUUUAUGUUCCGAUUUUGGGGAGGGAGCAAUUUAUUUGUAAAUAAGUUGUGGAUGUUAAUUGCAUAAAUUGCAUGCAACAAAAGUGUCAUAGUCACUAGCUCGACAAUGGCAAUGUAUGUAUGUAACUUUGCUAUUGAUUUAAGUACCAAAAUAAUAAAAACAAAAUUGUAUGUAAAAAGUUGUAUUUUAGUCAAACUAAAUUUGUUUGUGAUUUUGUAUAUUGAAAAUAAAAUAUAACAUAUACAUA